GGCCAGGCCAGCCAUGUGGGCAAAGGCCCUUGAUGGACAGUUCAGAGUUUGGCUGGCACCCAGUGACAGCCACUUCCUUAUGCCUGGUAUAAGGGCUGUAGAGGCUCUCUGGAGCUAGUACUAGACUGGGGUGUCUCUCCUGGCUUGGACCUCUUGGCUCUCAGGCUGAUUAAGGAGCCCUAGUGAAUCUCUCCCAGCUUCCUUCCAGGCCUGGCAGCUGGGGGUAGGCUUGGCACAGGGAAUGGGUAUCCCCCCAUCCCCUCAAGCUAGCUAGCACAGCUACUAUCUCACCCUCCAGGUUUAUUUCUCAAGCCUGGAGUGAAAUAAGUUCUAGGUAAGUGGCUACCAGGUAGGCUAGCCUGACCCGUUUGGUCCUAGGUGAGAUUCUACCAUUGGCUUGCUGCUGGGUGUUAGCAAGGCCCCUCCAGGCUUAGGUUCCCAUCUGGAAAAGGAGUCUCCUUGUUUGCUCACUUUAACUCAUUUGUAAACAACCGAGGUUUCAGAGACCCUUUCUCCCCAUUACAUAGUUUGCCCAUCCCUGCCUCCCCAUCUUCCGGCAGCCCAAACUGCCCCCAGUCUUUGAGCCUUCCCUUUUGCUGGCCUGGAACUGUACCCAGACCUCUACCAGGCCAGUACAGAGGGGCCUGGCAUGGUGGCCCAGUCCCUGUUAUCCACAGACUAGAGGCAUCCAACUGUCUCAGGAAGGAGAGAGGCUACUCAGAUCAGUCCUGCGGGACUAGUGACUUCAGGUCUUGCUGUACUGGGGGGCGCUAUCAGGAGACCCUCUCUCCUUGUCUUCAAGGAAGCUUGCCUGAGCACCCACCCAAAGAGAUGUGUGCAGAGAGCCUAGAAAUUGUUCCCUACAUCCCAGGAGGCAUUAUGAGGGACCCUGGCCUUCCCUUUAGGAGUGGGGAUCCCUCUCAUGUGGAGCCUACUGGAACAGGCCAGCCUAGUCCUUUGCAAGCCUAGCAGCCCAGGGGCAGAGAUUGAGGGUGAAGCAUGGAGCUGCGUGUGGGAAAUAAGUACCGCCUGGGCCGAAAGAUCGGCAGUGGGUCCUUUGGAGACAUCUACUUGGGUGCCAACAUUGCUUCUGGUGAGGAAGUAGCCAUCAAGCUCGAAUGCGUGAAAACGAAGCACCCUCAGCUCCACAUUGAGAGCAAGUUCUACAAGAUGAUGCAGGGAGGAGUGGGCAUCCCGUCCAUCAAAUGGUGUGGGGCCGAGGGUGACUACAAUGUGAUGGUCAUGGAGCUGCUGGGGCCCAGUCUCGAGGACCUCUUCAACUUCUGCUCCCGAAAGUUCAGCCUCAAGACGGUGCUGCUGCUGGCCGACCAGAUGAUUAGCCGCAUCGAGUACAUCCACUCCAAGAACUUCAUCCACCGGGACGUGAAGCCGGAUAACUUCCUCAUGGGCCUGGGGAAGAAAGGCAACUUGGUCUACAUCAUUGACUUCGGCCUGGCCAAGAAAUACCGUGAUGCCCGCACCCACCAGCAUAUUCCCUACCGGGAAAACAAGAACCUGACUGGCACUGCCCGCUAUGCUUCCAUCAACACCCACCUGGGCAUUGAGCAAAGCCGUCGAGAUGACCUGGAGAGCUUGGGCUACGUGCUCAUGUACUUCAACCUGGGCUCCCUGCCCUGGCAGGGUCUAAAAGCAGCCACCAAGCGUCAGAAGUAUGAACGUAUCAGUGAGAAGAAGAUGUCAACACCCAUUGAGGUCCUCUGCAAAGGCUACCCCUCUGAGUUCUCAACAUACCUCAACUUCUGCCGCUCCCUGCGGUUCGACGACAAGCCCGACUACUCCUACCUGCGCCAGCUCUUCCGCAACCUCUUUCACCGGCAGGGCUUCUCCUAUGACUACGUCUUCGACUGGAACAUGCUCAAAUUCAUGCGGCCCCCCUCCCGCCAGCCCCCUGCCCUUCCCUGUGGACGGCCUCAGGACCAGCUAGGGUGCAGCCCGGAAUCCCGAGGACGUAGACCGGGAGCGACGAGAACACGAACGGGAAGAGAGGAUGGGGCAGUUGCGGGGAUCCGCGACCAGAGCCCUGCCCCCUGGCCCACCUACGGGGGCUACCGCCAACCGACUCCGAAGUGCAGCCGAGCCUGUGGCUUCCACCCCAGCCUCCCGCAUCCAACAGGCUGGCAAUACUUCUCCCAGAGCAAUCUCACGGGCCGACCGGGAGAGGAAGGUGAGCAUGAGACUCCACAGAGGUGCACCUGCCAAUGUCUCGUCUUCAGACCUCACCGGGCGGCAAGAGGUCUCCCGGAUUUCAGCCUCACAGACAAGCGUGCCAUUUGACCAUCUUGGGAAAUGAGGAGAGCCGCCACGGACCAGUGUUUGCUUAGUGUCUUCACUGCAUCUUCUUAGAAACAAAAUGAAGCAAAGGACAGAAUGAACCAACCGCUCAAAUGAACAGAAAGGAGAAAACAACACACAACCCAGCACAAAGUCGACAAUGGAUUUUGUUUCUUUGAUUUAUUUUUCCAAUGGCAAAAAGACAAGAUGUCCUAUCACUGAGGAUUCCUGUCCCCCUUGCCUUGCCCGCUGCUCCCAACCCAAAGGCUGCCAACACUCCUCUAAUGACAUCGGGUCAUACUCCAGCCACCUGUUCCCACCACCAUCCACCACGUGCCGGGCAGCCGUUGGAGGUGCCUGAAGAAUUUGCAUCAGGGAGUGGUUUGGCCGGUCAAAGACAAGUCCCUUGAGAUUUCAUAAGCCUCGGAUUCAAGGAGACACACACAGCUGCAGUCCCUUGGCGGUGACAAUGGCCAGCUUCGUAUUGGGCUUUCCCAGAGUCCCCCUAAGUAUCCUGGUCCCCCUCCGUCUACCCCCCCAUCACCUCUCUGCAGAGACCUUGAGGGGGCAGUGAGGUGGUGGGCCAUGAUGCCUUGUGCAUGUGUGAGUGUGUGAGUGUGUGUGAGUGUGUGUAUGACCUGUAUUUUCCAGAGCAGCAGGUGGGCUGCCAUGCCUACCUAGCCAAGUUUCUGUUCUCGUCCCCCUGAAGUCAAGGUGGGGUGGACAAUGACCUCCACAUCCCUCAGGGCAUAGAGUCCUUGCCACCACCUGUCCCCGGAUGCCAGUGCGUGGCAGCCCCAUCUUCCAUAUCUGAUCUUAGGGCAAGUCCACGGAGUCUGCUCCCAGAUGGCUUCGGCUCUGACUUACCAGUUAGUCCCCUGGUCCUGACAGUCACCUGUGGUCACCCCUCUUCCCAGGCCUGACUUCUGAGUAGGACCCUGGGUCAGGGUUAAGUGUUGAAUUUACCCUUCCUGGUUAACACCUGGUUUUUAACUUUUAUUUUAUCUUUGUUUGUUUUCUCGGUGUGUGUAUUUCCUAAUUUAUUUACCUCUUUUUCCCUUUUUUUUUAAUUAAAGAGCAAAACUUUUUAUUACUUUGUAAUUUAAAAAACUGAAAAAAAUUACUGAAGAACUUUGGGGGGAAUUUUGUACUUUUUCCUGUGUAAAUAUUGGACUUUUUUGAGCUUUAUUGUGGUUGUUAAUUUGAAGUAAUAAAGUAGAAAAGGACAAAGUGA